CCAGACACUACAUGUAGUCCUGGCAGAGAACACACUGCAGUGUCAGGCAGAGGACCAAUAGAGCUUUCCCUCCUAAAACCGGUGAGAACAGAUUUCGCUCAGAAAUAAUGGCUCUGUGGAUCUUCAGAAAAGAUGGUUGCCUGGGGCCUAAAGUCUAUUCCGAGGUCCCAGAUGGAGGCUGGGGUUGGAUCGUAGCUGUGGCCUUUUUCCUUGUUGAGGUCUUCACCUACGGGGUCAUAAAAAGCUUUGGCAUUUUCCUCAAGGAUCUGAUGUGCGAGUUUAAUGAGAGCAACAGCCGAGUUUCGUGGAUCGUCUCAAUAUGCGUGUUUGUAAUGGCUUUCACAGCCCCGCUCUCAACUGUGCUGAGUAAUCGGUUUGGCUUCCAGCCUGUGGUGAUACUUGGAGGACUCCUCAUUUCCAUUGGAACAAUCUCCACUGCGUUCACCAGCCACAUCACUCAGAUUUACAUCACUAUCGGGAUAGUUGCUGGUUUGGGCUACUGCUUAACAUUUCUCCCCACUGUCACAAUCCUGUCCCAGUACUUCAGUAAACGCCGCUCCCUGGUGACUGCCAUGGCCUCCACCGGAGAAUCCUUUGCCAUAUUUGCUUUUGCUCCUGCAUUUACAGCCCUGAAGGCAAACAUUGGCUGGAGACACACAAUGGUGGUGCUUGGAUUAUUACAAGGAAUAAUCGUUGUUUGUGGACUUCUGCUCCGCCCUUUGGUCAUAAAGCCAAAGACGAAUACUGAGAGUUUCACCCAACCUCUGAAAUCCAGAAAGCAGGAGGUCAUCAACUCUCUCCCUGAAUCUGAACUUCGUGGCUCUUUAAGCUCUGGAGACUCGGGUGUACAGUCACUGGAAAUGCUGGAACAGAGUUCUCCAGUGGGAGCACAGCAAAAAGAGGAGGAACAUCUUCAGAUUCCUCAAACCCAACCAGACAAAGAGGCAGAGCCAGGCAGAGGCAAACUCCUGGACCUCACGGUACUAAAGGAAGGCAGCUUUGUGUGCUAUGCUGCUUUUGGCUUGUUUGCAACACUUGGAUUCUUCGCCCCACAGCUCUACGUGGUGGAGCUGAGUGUCAGCUUGGGCACUGAAAGAGACAAGGCGGCCUACAUGCUGUCGAUAAUGGCCGUGGCGGAGAUCUUUGGCCGUCUCUCCAUCGGCUGGGUCCUGAACUGGGGGCGCAUUAGGAAGAUAUUUAUAUUGCUUGGGUGUGUGACACUGAUGUGUGUGGUCCUUGUGUUCUUCACGGUGGUCGAUGGUUUCUGGGGGCUGGCAGUCUGCUGUGUGCUCUAUGGCUUCCUGCUGGGCAACAUCGCGUCCACACACAUCCCCAUGCUGGCAGAGGAUGAUGUGGUGGGCAUCAAGAGAAUGCCCUUAGCAGUAGGAGUUUACGUCUGCAUUCAAAGUUUUGCAGGGCUUGCUGGACCACCUUUAGGAGGUGUUUUGGUGGACAUUACUCAGAAUUACAGCUCAGCCUUCUACUCUUGUGCUGUGGGAAUGGGGUUAGGUGCACUCUUCCUAGGGCUGGUACAUCCAGUGAAGACAGGUUGUCUGUGCACAAAGAAGUGCCUCAGCCCUUGCCAGGACAUCCCUGCAGUCGAGCAUGUGAGUGAGGAUAAAGUUAUGCCUGAGGAAUUUCUAGAAGUGGACAUUUUACCAAAUCCUCAAGGUCAAUCCUGAAAAAGCAGUCCCCUUUAACCUAAGGAACGAUGAAAUCUGUGGUUGAUUGAUCACAGAACAGCUUUAAACUAGAUGCUAUUGUGAGGCUGAGUCACUUUAUUCCUAAAACAAAUAGAGAUUUACAGUGUAGAGCUUGUUUUGUUACUCUUUUCUCACAUGGGUCACUUUACCCAUCACAAGUUGCCUUAAAGAAGGGAGGAGGUUUUGGACGAUGUCAGCGGCAGAUGUCAGGACCACUGGCUUUUCACAUUGAGAAUGUAGUAAUUUUACAUCAGUUCAUUUUAGCACUGAUUUAGUCAAUUACAAUAAAGUGCCCUGACUGAUAUUAGCUUUAAAAAACUUGCAAAACUGGCUGAUUGUGGACCAUAUUUUAAUGGAUUAUGUGUCUGCUAUUUUAAGCCUGAUCCAGUUUUGAUGCUUUUAUUUACUGUUCUAGGAAACUAGAAAUCUAACACACUAUACAUGAUUAUUUUAAGAAGUUGGCUACCAAACAGAAUAUAUCGCCAAACCACCGAUCGAGGACAGGUCUAAUUAUAAUCAGGGUGGCUGUGGUAUCACAAAUCUUGCUAUGUUCAAGCUGCAGGCAAAUCGGAUUUGUUCCUUAAGUCAGAUCUGUUGAAAACGACUGUCUGCACUGUUACUCGAGAGUGACCAGAUUGGAUUUGCGUGUCCAGACAUUACAAACCUGUAUCUGUAUGGGUUGCUAAGGUAUCUCAGUCUGCAUCUAAAACUAAUGGUUGGUGUUAGGUGUUGGACCUUGCACUUUCUUCAAUCUGGAUUUUUAGUGUUUUUGUCACAAAUUAUGCAAACGACACAAAGAAAUCCAAUUAGUGUCCAUAGACAGAGACACAUCUGAUUGCAAAUAAAUAAAUUGCAAAUAAAUCAGAUUGCAAUCAUAUUUCAAACCACCUGCAAAUGUGGUUUGGAUUUAAUUUGUAUACAUUUGUUUCUGUUCGUAUUUACUAAAAUCAAUAUAGAUACAAUCUACAUAUGACAAAAAUCUGAUUUAGUCUAGCAGUCUGUACAUAGCCUUGAACAGCUACACCACCUGGGAGCCGCCGUGAUUUUUUCAAAGGUUUUAUAGUUAGAAACACAACAAACAACAUUAUAGUAAAUACAUAAAAUGCAAAUACUAAUGGAACAGAACUAUGAACUACUAGAUCAUACUACACUGGGUUCUCUUAACUCUUGUAUUUCCUUAUUUUGGGAUUUUACUGAAUAAAUUUUAAAAAACUACAGUACACUGGAAAAGAAGACACAGAAAACUAUAUUUUAAAUCACUGGAUUUUUAUUUUAUACUUCAGAUAAAUGUACAUAAAGAAUGUUUCGUAAACGGUUUAGUGAUUAAUUUACUGCUAAGAAAAUUUAACAAUGAAAACCAGCUUGAUAUACAAUGCAGCAUUCAUUUUAUGUAAACAUUUUGGACCAAUUAUUUUAAUUUUAUUGUUUUCAAGACACUGACUAUUUAUUUACUGCUUGUAAAUCUUUAAAUCAUCAUAUUGGUAAACACAUGAAAGUGCUUUCAUGUUGAGAAAUUCUCAAUGUAAGGCAUUAUAUGAUAUGAUAUUAAAAUUAUAUAAUGUUUUAGUGUAAAGAGAUUUUAAGAAUGUGCUUUAGACAAACGUUAUCAUAAAAUAAUGUCUCAGGCUUUAGGAAACUUUAGGAAAGUGGAGAAGCUUUAAGAAGGCAUUUUACCUUAAGGAUCAUGUGUUCCUAUUACUGUACAGAAAAUCACGAGUGUCAGUGAGUGAAUUUGCAUAUUAAGUAUUAAAUUAUGCAGAAUAUACUGUAUGACAAAUCAGUGGAACAUACUGUGAAAAUGUCAAUAUACUGUGAAUAUUUCUUUACAUAUUAAGUGUCAGAAUGUGAAUGAAAAACUUACCAGAAUGUAAUCAAAAGAAUGAGAUGGUCAGUCUAAGUUAAAGCAUUUACAAUAACUGUGAAGUGAAGGUCAACAUUUUCAGCAGGUUAAUUCUCAUUUUUAUAAUUCUCAUAUUAUUCUGGGCAUUAUUAUUUGACUUGAAUUUUGUAUGUAUAGAAACAAACUUUUUUGUGAUUUUGUCUGUAAGAGCAAUCACUUUUUUUUACACACACAAUCAUUUUUAUCUAAAAUAAAAUAACUUAAGUCAU